AUGUGGUGGCUGGAUCCUGGAAAAGAAGUUCUAAAUGUUGUAUGUCCUUCAUCUCUGCGAUUGUCCAACCGUAACUUCACCUUCAUACAGUUGUUCAACCGCAUCCUCGCUCCAUAUGUUGAAAACCUAGAUCUCAAUCAGGUCAAUUAUGGGAUCGUAUCCACCUUUUCUUCAGGCCAGUUGACACUCCGCAAUCUGCGACUAAAGAAAGGCGCCUUGGACAAAUUUCAACUGCCUGUAGACGUUUUAGAGGGUCACCUUGGCAAGUUCACGCUUUCGCUCCACUGGAUGAACCUCGGAAAUCAACCUGUCGAAAUACUUGUGGAAGAUGUCUAUCUUCUCGUGAUACCAUCUCCCCAAACGAACGUUGAUCCUGAAGAAGAUGAAGCUCGAGCCCAAGCUGCAAAGGCAGAACGUUUGGAGAAUGCUGAGCUUUUACACAUGCGCGGUCAGGCGGAGUCACAGACCGACGAAUCGAGCCAAAACCAAGGACUUGUGCAGUCAUUGAUUAAUAAGGUUAUCAACAAUAUACAAAUCACAGUAAAGAAUAUACACGUCCGGUAUGAAGACAAGAUGAGCGUGCCAGGACACCCCUUCGCCGCGGGUAUCACAUUAGUACGCUUUACCGCGGCAUCAGUGGACGGUCAAUGGCAGCCGGCUUUUAUUGAAAGUAUUGCGGGAGCGAUUCACAAGCUUGCAAAACUUCACUCUUUAGCUUUAUACUUUGACACCGACUCUCAGAGUAUGGCUGGUCUGCCCUCUGUACAAGCUCUCGAGCAGUUUUCUUCGAUGAUUUCACAAGGCGAAAAUGAUCAUCAGCACCAGUACAUUCUGAACCCAGUUUCCGGGGAAGGGAGAAUCAUCGUCAACCACAAAGUUGAUCGGGACACUCCACGAUUUGAUGUGCAGUUAAUUUUCAAUGAGAUAGGUGUGUCACUCGACAAUGACCAAUAUCGAGAUGUGAUAUCGUUGGUGGAUAUGUAUCACGUCUACCUACGACAGCACCAGUAUCGAAGGUUUCGUCCGACAGACGCGGAUUUCGCAAGGAACAAGGCCAAAGCAAGGCUUCAAUUUGCGGGAAAUGCCAUUCUUGAAGGCGUACGAGAGAAGAACCGAAAAUGGACUUGGGGUUACUUUUCACAACGAAGAGAUGAUCGGAAUCGCUAUGUCAAUCUUUUUCAAAAGAAAUCUCUCAGCCCUCUGCUGGGGCAGGUGCGUGUUUCUCUUACAAAUUAUUUUGAAAACCUGGAAAAAAAGUUAUCAUACGAGGAUAUUCGUUUUUACCGCUCCAUUGCGCGUUCCCGUCUCCGCAAAGACCACGCCUUGCGCAAACAACUUGAGUUGGAGAAGAAACAACGGCAAUCUCAAACACAGGGCUGGACUGAUUGGCUUUGGGGCUCAUCCUCUGCUAAAUAUGAUGAGGAAGAUCCUGCGUUUGGAGGACAGAUGACCGAGGAGCAACGCAAGCAACUCUACGAGGUUCUCGACUACGAUGAGAAAACUGCGCUUGUGGAAUCUCUUCAAGUUCCCCGCGACUCCCUGAAGACCCGCAUAUCUGCACACUUGAAAAGGGGCUCUUUUGCCCUAAAUGCUGAUCCCCAUGGACAGCCUACAAGCGUCAUGUCAAUUGUCUUCGACGUUUUUCAAGCCAACUUUAUACAAAGGCCGCAUAACUUCGAAGCGUCGGUUUCGUUGAAUGGCCUUCGUGUCUUCGACAGUACGACGAAAAACAGUUUGUACCCUCAGAUCGUCCACGUAAAAACAGAUAAUGAAGCCAGUGAUGACGUGCUAAAGGCAUCCGCAAGUCAGGAAGCGGAGAGGGAGAGUGACCCCUUUUUUUUUGUUAAAUUUGAGAACAACCCCCUCGACGAGCGAGCCGAUACUGCCCUUACUAUUCGUAUGCGACACAUGGAAAUUAUCUACCACAGAGGCUAUGUCGAAGCUGUUUACAAGUUCUUCAAGCCGCCCGCUAGUCAACUCGAAUCUGUUGAAGCUCUCCUCGAUGUCGCAAGUCAGACUAUAGAAGGCCUUCGUAAAGAGACAAGAGCAGGUCUAGAAUAUGCGCUUCAAACUCACAAAACUGUGGACAUCCGCGUGGAUAUGAACGCACCCAUUAUCAUCAUUCCUGAAGACGUUACAACGAACGAUUGCAAACAUCUCAUAAUCGACGCUGGUCACAUCGCAAUCGAAAGCGAUCUUGUGGACAAACAGGCGAUCCAGAUUAUCCACCAAAAAAGGAAUAAAAAAUACACUGAUGAGGAUUACAAGAAUCUAGAGUCACUCAUGUAUGACAAAAUGUCACUACGCUUAGCCGCUGCCCAGUUCGUCAUCGGUGACAACCUACAGUCCUGUCGUGAGGCUUUGAAAAACGCCUCCAAUGACUCGCUCCAUCUCUUAGAAAGGAUAAAUAUUGAUCUCCAGAUUGAUAAAUCGAUCGUGCCAGCUGCAGUCAACCUCGCCCAAUUUAAAAUUUCGGGAAAUUUGCCUUCGUUACAAGUGAAUUUCUCGGAUUCGAAAUACAAAUCGUUGAUGCGUUUGGUCGACGUUUGCAUCCCGCACUUCGACGACGCCCGCAGUUCUCCAGAGACAAAAAGGACUGUGUCAGGCGGAUAUCAACUCGCUGGAGGACUAUUUGGUCAAGCAGAACCUGAAUAUAAUAUUGACGAUCAUGAUGAGGACGACAAUGAAGGGGCGCUCACUACUCGCGAGGAUCUGUUUUUUGACGCCGAGCAUGACUCAACGGAGCAGCCAGAGACGAAGCAGCAUCUAUUCGAGCUCAAUUUCCAAGUGGGAGAGUUAAGGGCUUCGAUAUCGAAAUCUGGUUCAAACAGCGGCAUUGAGAAACCUCUAGGAGUCGUUUGUUUCAAGCACUUCGCUUUAGCAUUAGCACUGGCAAAAUAUGACAUGAAAGUUGAUGUCAACCUUCGCUCGGUUUCAAUCGCGAUCGUCCGCCCGGAAGGCGACCAUAUCGAUUUCGUUUCCACUCCCGCAAGCACUGGUAGCAAUUUGGAUGAAAGUGAUCUUCUCAGAAUAAUCUAUACCCGAGUCCAGAAGGAAUCACCCGAAUUUUUAACCACAUAUGAGGGGAUUGACCAAAAUAUCGACAUUAAAAUGUCCACACUUGUUUUUCGAGCAGCACCGGCGCCCGUUCUUGCGCUCUAUGAUUUCGUCAUGUCAACAUUUGUUCCGAAAGAAGAAAGCAACGGUGGCCAAAUUGCUUUGCGCCCAGCCAACUCGUUCACUCAAACGCCAGAAAUUCCGACUGACCUUGCAAACGAGAUUCGAGUUUCGGCAAAACUUGAAGGCAUUCAAGUUGUGCUUAUCAAUGGAUUGGUCACACUGGCCACCAUCUCACUCUCCACUGCUGAUGUCAUGGUUCUUGUGCGACCCCGAACGUUGCUAGUUACCGGCCGUCUGGGGAAUCUAGUUUUAACAAACGAGAAUCAGAUUCAUGGCAUCCUCGAUGAAUUCAACCAGAUAAUGUCCAUACAGGGCCAAAACUUCGCAGACUUCAGAUAUCAGACAUUCGACCCUAACGAGGGCACCUAUACCGGGACGAGAUCUCUUUUUUGUCUCAACGCCGGCUCAAUCAAAUUUCACCUUGUACAGCAACCUUUACAUGACUUGUAUCUGUUCGUUGUCGACCUGGCGAAACUUAAAGGGUUGUACGAUGCAGCUACUCAAGUUGCAGUACAACGAGCAUCUGAGAUGGAACGGAUACAAUUCAAGGUGUCGGUGAAAACGCCGAUCAUCGUCUUCCCCUCAAAUCCAUCUGUUUCUCGUGAUGUUCUCGUUAUGCGACUGGGUCAGAUCGGGGCUAGCAACACGUCUGACAUCGUGGCGAACAAGAUUGUUGCCAGUCUUCAUGGAAUUCAACUUAUCUCUAAUCUUCAAAUUGAUGGAGAACUUUCCACUCUCAAGAUUAUUGAUGACAUAGACAUUACCGCAGAUAUCGUUCAGACUAGUGGUAUUGACCGUCACAAUGACACCGAAUACCCUGACACACAGAUUGCAGUGACAAUUUCGGACGUGAAGUUACACCUCACUCAAGUUCAAUACGGCCUCUUGAUACAAUUGUCAAGAUCCAUCCCAAGAAUAUUUACGGUGCAACGAGAAUCAGAGACAAGGUUGCAAACACGGCCUCUGUUGGAAAGUAAAAGUUCGGCUGUUGACUUAGAACCGGAGCUUCGACCGCUUUCCUCAACCAGUGGCCACCUUACUUGGACAGCUCUUGAUUUGGUGGUUUCAGUGAAUGCCGUCAAGUUACACUUGUACGAUGCACUAGCCAGCUCGGAAACCCAGCUCAAAGAGCAUGGAAUAGCAAGGUUCGCCCUCAACGACAAUACGUUGCGACUGAAAAUAUUGUCGGACGGUGCUAGUGAGGCUCAAGUUGUCCUCCGGUCCUUCACGAUGAGCAACACACGGCCUGGGCAGUCCAAAUUUCGAGAGAUCAUUCCUGCAGCUCAGCACAACAGGAAUCAAUUUAUGCUUCUCUACUCGAUGACAGGCGGGAUGCAGGGUUCCUCUCUUGCCAUUCUGACUGUUGAUUCACCCCAAGUCAUCUUUGCAAUCGAUCCAGUGAUUUAUCUACUGGAUUUUUUUACAGCCAGUUCCUCCACGGCAACAGAUACAUCGUCAAUUGAAUUGCCUUCUACACCAGGCGACCCCCCUUCGAUUGGACAAGCACAGGUUGACUUUCGAGUAGAUUUACAUGAUGUAUCCAUCAGCAUUCUAGAGGACGACGCAGAUCCCGAUUCCCAAGCAAUUCGGUUGUACAUCAGCCAAAUUUUGUUAUCGAAGCAGGGCAUACUAGCUUUAACCAUCAAUCGCCUCGGCAUGUCGUUGAUGAACAUGGGAAGAACAUCAGAGAGUGUUCGCUUCCUCGAUGACGUGGAUCUCACCGUGUCCUUGGACAGUCGCUCUUCGCAGCAGAUGACCAACAUUGAGAUCACUGCGAAAUCCAUCAUUUUUAGGGCCUCGUACCGGGAUAUCAACCUAAUCACUUCCAUAGUCAAUAAAGCCAUCGAGGUAUAUGGCACCCCACACGAUCCCGACUCUCAUCAGAUUCAACCCGUAUCCUCGAUCAGUCAAGCCACCCAGGACCCAUAUCUUCGACCUACUGGGAAGGCUCGCGUAUCAAUGUCCAACGAACAGGUAUCUCGUCGUACCUUGAGUUGUUCCGUAUCUAACAGAAGUCAUAAGCUGAAAGGUUCAUUUGAUGGGUUCAAAUUAAUUCUCAUUGGCGACUUACACGAACAGCCAAUGCUUCAUCUCAAGUUCAAGCCAUUCGUAGUCAACGCGAGAGAUUGGUCUGGAGAAUUGCACGCAACAGCUACGAUGGCUAUGCAAAUUACCUAUUGGAACUUAGCGAAUUCGCAUUGGGAACCACUAAUUGACCCCUGGACAUUUACAGUCACUGUGCGCAAUUAUAUUUUUAAUGCCGGCACGGGCGGCACAGAUCUAAUACUGUCUGCCAGAGAACGUCUCGACGUUAAUAUUAGUACCAACUUUGCAGAGCUGGCUGUGACAACCCUGAAUACGUGGAGCAGGGAAGGUGAGUACGUCGUGCAGAAAGGGAGGGGCAUAUCUGCACCUUAUCGCGUCCGAAAUCGUACCGGUGCUCCAAUCUUUGUUUGGUCGGACCUCGACAGCUCUUCAAGUUCAAAGGAUGUAGAUGCGGUCAAAAUUCUCAAUGAUCAAACAAUUGACUGGAGAUUCGAUGAUUGGAAGACAAUGCGAGAGCAUGUGUCUUCAGGCCAACAUAACAUCGGCAUACAGUUCAUUGGGAAACCAUGGGAACAGCUGCGCGGGAUUCCUGUCGAUCGAGAAGGAGAAUUCGUAUUUUCACUGCGCCCCCGAACAGAAAAAUACCCCAGUCGAUUACUCUGCGAAGUCAAAGUCAUGGACAAUACGAAAAUCGUGAUCAUCAGGUCUGCAUACAAGAUCGAAAAUUUGACACUGUACCCACUGGAAGUGAUGCUUGUCGAUGAUACCGGCCGCCCUGUCUACUCUUUGGAGAAGAUUGCUCCUGGCCAAGACUACUCCCUUCCUAUUGAAGCCGCAACAAAGAACAGGGUCAGGAUCCAACCAGAUCAGGGGUUCGGAUAUAAAUGGUGUUCUGCACUUCGCUGGGAAGACCUUGUCUUUAGAAAGGGCUUCACGAUCAAAUGUCCGCAUGCCGACCCUCAAGAAGCUGCGUUUCGGUUUCAGGCGUGGGUUCAAACCGAUGGAAAUGAUUCAGCGACUCGAAAGUAUCCCAAAAUCAACCUUAAGCUACGAGCGCCAAUGGAACUCGAGAAUUUGCUUCCUUAUAAUAUAGAAUAUAGGGUCUAUGACAAGAACACUGACCAAAAUUGGCGAAGUUACCUUCGGAAGGGAGGUAUUAUGCCUGUGCAUUCCGUGGAGCUCAGCCACUUUGUUUUGCUCAACGUAGACGUUCAAGAUACUGUCUUCAAACCUAGCGAUUUCGCCAUUAUCAAUACUGAUGGGCACUCUGAUUUUGAUGUUGAAGGCAAGCUAACUUUGCGGGAUCAACUCGACAGGCGAUUGGACCUCAAAUUGAAUUACAUCCGCUAUCCCGAAUCUGGGGGCGCCUUCAAGGUUCAGAUAUACAGUCCCUACAUCGUUAUUAAUAAGACACACGUCCCAUUUUCUAUCAAAUCGACGCGAUCUACACGAGCUGGCUCAUAUGACGUGGCAGGGGACACUCGUAUCGUGCUUUCCCAUCAUCAGGAGGGCCAUGAAUUCAUCUUUAAGAUAAGCGAUUCGGCAUGGUCAAAGCUUGUGUCUGUGGAAGCUCCGGCUGCGGAAACGGAACUAGUUAUUAGUUCCCAACAACGCAAGGCUGAUGAAAUCCACGUCGGGUUGUCGUGGAGUGAAGGCCUGGGCAAAUACAAAUUAAGCAAAGUCAUUACCCUCGCUCCUCGUUUUUUGAUAAAAAAUCAAUUGCCGGACGCCAUCGCUUUUCGUGAGCAUGGUGUGGCGCCAAGAGAAUGGUCUCUGAUCAACCCGGGCGAACGACGGCCUCUUCAGAUUUUACGUUCGGGACAGGAAAAACUUCUCACCAUUGCAUAUCCUGGUUUGAACGCACAAUGGUCAUCACCGAUCAACAUUGAAGACCUUGGUUUGGUGUACUUUCGUUUACGACGACCCGGAUCCGACAAUGGCGAGACAAUUCUCGUACGAACGGAUAUCCAGAUUGAUGGCUCCACUAUCUUUAUUUUUUUUUCUGCUGCGGGUGAAGAUUGGCCAUUUGAGAUUGAAAACGAGAGUGAUUAUAUUGUUGAACUUUGGCAAAAGGACGCUAGCCAGAUGCUUCAAGGACAAGACAAAACGGUCACUUAUUCACUGCAUCCUCAAUCAACGAUGACCUAUGCGUGGGACUUUCCCGCAGCUAAAGAAAAAAGAAUAAUACUUUCGGUGAAUGGAUCUCGUCGUGUCGUUGACAUCAUGGAGAUUGGAGAUUUAAUUCCAUUCAAAUUCAAUAAUAACCAACGAACAAAAGCGGUCUCACUUGACGUGCGAGCGGAUGGUCCCAGACAAAUUUUGCGAAUAACGAACUACGACCCCGAACGCAGUCUUUACAAACCCCGGCAAAGGAGCAAUUCGAUCGGAAUUACCAGGCAAGACACCAUAUCCAGCAGUGCUGAAGCAUUUGAAGCUAUCGCCGAAGAGGUCGUGUCAACCCUCUCAUUUACCCUUGACGUGGCCGGUAUAGGCGUAUCAUUGAUCAAUAGGCGCCUCGUGGAAGUUGUCUAUGUCACAAUGGACGCCCUUCGAUUUGAAUAUGCCAACACCACGGUUGCUCAAUCCGUCAAUUUGUCCUGCGGUUCUGUUCAGAUCGACAACCAGUUGCACGAUGCCCUGUUCCCUGUCAUUCUCCAGCCUACACCAAUCAACAAAGAAUCGGUGGACGUGGGGGCGCUGCCAACCAUCCAAGCCUCUCUCAUUUGGCUCAAAGACAAAGAGCACGGUGUUCUUUUUGUGAAGUAUUUUUCUGUGCUUCUGCAAGCCUUGACGAUCGAGGCCGACGAAGAUCUUCUGUUCGCCAUCUACGACCUUACACAAAUUAAAGGUGCGUCCUGGGAAGAUGGCGUCGACGAUCUGCUCGUUCAGAAUGCGGACGAGAUUCCGGAACCUGCGAAAGUUGCCACGGGUGAAGAUAUAUAUUUUGAAGUGCUUGAAUUGCAGCCUAUUAUGCUCUCUCUUUCGUUCAUGCGUACGGAGCGAGUCUCUAGCGAAGCUCAACUCAGUAUCCGUAACCCUCUUGCCAUUGUGGUGAAUGCGCUGACGAUGACGGUUGGGAACAUCAAUGAUGCGCCACUGGAAAUGAAUGCACUGGGGAUUAAAGACAUGCGAUUGACGGCGACUGAACUUCAGAGCCGUAUAACCUAUCACUACCGCCAGGAUGUCCUUCGCCAACUCUAUCGAAUUCUUGGAUCCGCCGAUUUUAUUGGUAAUCCCGUUGGCCUUUUCACGAACGUCAGCUCAGGAGUCGCGGACAUAUUUUACGAGCCAUUCCAAGGCGUGGUCAUGCACGGUAACAAAGAACUGGGGAUUGGGCUAGCCAAGGGAGCUGCAAGUUUCGUCAAAAAGACAGUUUUCGGAGUGAGUGACAGUGUGACCAAAUUCACCAGCAGUGUGGGUAAAGGUCUGUCAGCGGCAACAUUCGAUUCUGAAUAUCAAGCCCGUCGACGGAUGACACAGCGUCGGAACAAACCGCGACACGCAAUUUAUGGCGUCACCGCAGGCGGCGAAGCGCUGGCAAGCAGCGUGACCAGUGCGAUGGAGGGUAUUUUCAUGAAACCGUUAGAAGGUGCAGAAACAGAAGGAGCUCUCGGUUUUUUCAAGGGUGUUGGGAAAGGACUUGUUGGGGUGGUUACAAAACCAGUAGUCGGGGUAUUUGACUUGGCAUCCAACGUAUCCGAAGGAAUUCGGAAUACCACAACCGUUUUUGAUAACCCUGAGCGGGAUCGUGUUCGCCUGGCAUCUGGCCCAACAAAUCCAAGACUUGUUCCUGCUGAUGGCAUCCUGAGGUCCUAUUCUGCUCGAGAAGCGCUGGGACAGUAUUGGAUGAGGGACCUGAACGAUGGUGCAUAUCGGCAGGAACCCUACGUUGCUCACAUCAACUCGCCUGGCGGGGACAACGUGGUACUUCUGACGGUUUCUCGGGUUUUGUCCUUCUGGUCCAAGAAGCUGAGGCUGGAGUGGGAGCUGCCUUUCAAUCAAGUACAGGGUGUGACUGUCGAGGAUACUGGCAUACGUUUUGCACAUAAGCUUGGCAAGGAGAACGACAAGUUCGCCCUUAUUCCUGACAAGGCCUCACAGUCGUGGUUCUUUAAUCAGGUUGCACUUGUGGUCAAAACUUUUAACGCACGUAGAAGAAUGGAUGUAUAAUUGGAACUGAUAGCUAGAACGAAUGUGUACAUUGCAAAUCAAUAUCUAAGCCCCCCCAAAAUGAUGGAAAAGGGAGUGACAAGGGGUCUCUGGUAAGAUUUUUCUUCCCGAAUUCUUCCCUAAAUGUGUUUCGGCGCUGUGCUGUGCAGUACGCUAGCAUUUUCUGCUCCAGCUCUUCGGCGGUUGACAGUGGCGGUUGCGGUGCUAGAAACACGUUCACGACGCGAUUUAUGUAAGAUUUCCUCGGAUAGUUUGUCGCUUGUGCUGCUUUGUUCGGGUGAGGAAGAAUUUCCUCGCUCUUGCUCGAAACUGCCGUAACUAUCGCGGGGACUAGCAGAGUACGCGCUCUGAAAAUCAGUGUCGGAAUCUUCUGCAGUUGCAGUGACGAAUGGAGUAGGGGGAGGGGUGGAAAGAGUCGUGACGGAGGGGGGAACCUCAAUAAGGGUGACGACAGGUUCGAAAGGUUCUGGAGAGUCUUGCUCGUCCGUGCUCAUAUCGACGAAUGAGCCACGAGUAGGAGUCUUGCUACCCUGUUCCGUUGACAUACUUAACGUUGACUUCGAAUGUACUGGUGUUGACGUUGCGCCAUCGUCGGUCCGGUUAGCAAUACUUGUUUGGGUGGACG